AUGCGCCUCCUACGUGCAACGGUCAUGCAGUUUAGCGAGUUCGAAGGCAACACCACCCCACCUUCUGAGCUUUCGGAAGCUAUCAAUUCCAUGUACGAGUGGUACAAAAAAUCACAAGUCUGUUAUGUCUAUCUUUCAGACGUACAAACAUGGUCUUCUUACAAAGCAGAGGAUGCCAACGGACGUUGGGUCAAUAACGAUGACUAUGUCCUUGCUGGAGAGAGCAACCUUCGUCCCAUGCAUGAGCAGCCUACCUUGCUUGUCAUGAGAAGCAAAUGGUGGACAAGAUGGUGGAUGUUGCAAGAGUUGAUCGCGCCCCGUUCAGUCAUUUUCUUUGUGAAUGGCACGUAUGGUUGGAACCAAAUCGGUACAAAAAGUUCGCUUGUGGAACUGGUGGCAAGCAGGACUGGGAUCAAUCAUGGCGUAUUACGUGUUCGGGAUCAGGAAAUCAUGAAACAAACGGAUGAUCAGACACUUUUUGCAUGGAAGAUCGGGUUUGAGGCCAUGAAGGAUGAUAUAUGUCGGCCUCUGGCUUCGCAUCCGUCGAAGUUUCGAGGAGCUGGUAGUCUGAUCCCAACACGAGAUUCGGGUCUUCAAAGUCCAUUUUCCAUGACGAACAAAGGCCUUAGAAUCGAGAUCCCGGUCAUUCAUUGGGAUGAUGGCAUAUCCGAAGAUACACUUUACGGCGAUAUUCAUGUUUUCCCUCCAGGUCAUCGCCGCGGCGCAGUACUCAUGCAAGGCGAUGAUCGUUCCCACCUGCUAGUUUUUUUCAACGCCGAAAUGGAGAACUUGAGAGGAUACGCGUGCAAGAUCUUGUACAGCCCCCUGCUCGAGCCGCAUUUCCUGGAUAUACCAAACCCUUACCCCCGCACUCUUGAACCAUCUACUAGUAGAAUUUACGAAGACGACAUCACACCGUCGCAAAAGUUGGUGCAAGACCUGGCGAAUACAGUAUUGUCGGCCCUAGAGCGGGAAGAUGACGCACUCUCACCGGACUUCCAGGGGCUUCAAGCACAACAGGUUUUUGCGAAUGAAGUUGACCGAAGUCUCAGUUGGAAUCUCAUGCACGAUCAUUACGGCCCAUCUAACACAGAAUAUGAUAUCACGGAAUGCCAUAUGGAUUUCAGCGCCUACGCUCACAUUGGCCCAAACAAGGAAAAUGGGAUAAGUAUAAUAAUUGUCAAGAUUAACUUUAAGGAAGUCUAUCGUGCAAAGAGGCGCAACUCAGGAACACCACUUUAUGCACACUCAUUCAUCCUUCUCACACAAAUCCAGAUCAGCAACUCGGGAGAAUCAAACAACUAUAAAGAUCUGGAGAACCAGUCGCGACUACGGUACGAUCGCUCGCCCGCCGUUCGAUAUGAUUUUCUACUGUAA